AGAGAAAGCUGAGCUUUACCGUAGAUCCAACUCUGUGCUUUGUGUGACGGACCGUGCUACCAUCUCUGAAAGCUACACAGAACCGUUAUAGUCGCUACCGAAGAGAUUUUACACCUGAAGCGCUGGGUGAUUCGCCAAGUUAUGCGUAAAAAAGCGCACCACUCGUCGUGACGCAGCGUCACCGUUUUGGAUGUACAACUCUCUCGUAAAUCCGAGUUAUUAACGACACGUUUUUUUCAAUGAGGAUUAUAAAUAUCAUGAGGAUUUUGUGGGUAUUUCUAUUAUGCUUCCUUGGUUUAUCAGAUGCUGUGAUCGACUUGACCAUGAUCUCCACAGCAGAGGUCACCAACGUCAAUCACUUUACUAUCUCUUGUAUCAACGGAGAGCGCAGCCCUGCCCAGGUUGAGCUGGACAUCAAGAGAGACAACAAAAUCCUCAUAUUCCCCAAGAAGCCACAUUUUCAAGUGCAUAAGCCCAGGAACAAGGAGGCAGAGGCCAGAGACUUCCGUGACCUGGAUCAUAUUGGUAUCUUCUACUGUGAAUCCACUCAGGAAGUUCCCCCACUUGAGACGGUCACAAUGAUCAACAAUGUUGGCAAAGCAGAUUUUGUCCCAACUCACCUUACACUGACUGCUAACAAAGGAGAGACAGUUCACCUCAGUAUGCAGCUUCUCAGCUCUCAAAAGAGAGAUGUGACCUGGAAGUACAACGGAAACUAUUAUUAUAUGACUCACUGGAAUGAUGUGAUCAAUCGCACAGCUGUACUGACAGUGGAGAAUGCAGUUUUUGCCAAUCAAGGCAUCUACAGCGCCAGCUACGUGGGGGACAGCCCUCUCAAGGGAGCCUGGAUGAGGCUCAUUGUCAGAGACUGUCCCAGAAAGAAGUGGGGUCCUUACUGUGACAAGGACUGUCCGGAGUGUCUAAAUGGUGGAGUGUGCCAUGAUGCCGAUGGAGACUGUAUCUGCCCUCCAGGAUUCAUGGGAACACGCUGUGAGACAGCCUGCAGAGAAGGAAUGUUUGGCCGAAACUGCCAGCAGUCAUGUGGCUCUGAAAUGAACUGCAAGGGGCUUCGCUUCUGCCUACCAGACCCAUACGGCUGCUCCUGCGCCAGCGGCUGGUUUGGGAGGCGCUGUGAGGAGGCUUGCCAUAAUGACAUGUAUGGACCAGAUUGCACACUGAGCUGUGAAUGUCAGAAUGGUGGAGUUUGCAACCGUUUCAGUGGAUGCCAGUGUCCAACAGGGUGGAGAGGACAGAACUGUGAGAAGUCUGACCGGGCUCCCCAGAUCUUGGAUUUGGAUUGUAAUUUGGAAUGGAAUCUGAACUCCAGCCCCAAGAUCUUUUGUUCAGCAACAGGCAACCCCCUGCCCAGCCAUAACAGCAUUGAGCUGCGAAAGUUGGACAGCACUGUGCUCAAGGCCUCUCGCACUGUCAUGGACUCAAAUAAGAGCACAGCCCUGUUUGAGAUCCCUCAUCUGAGUGCACAGCAAGGAGGGUUGUGGGAGUGCAGGGUGUCCACCAAUGGAGGCCAGGACUCCCGCAAGUUCAACCUCACAAUUAAAGAGCCGCCUGUGCCCACUACUGCUCCCAAACUGCUGGAGAAAAGGAGUAAACAGCUGCUGGUGAUGCCGGUGAGCUCCCACAGAGGAGACGGCCCCAUUGUCUCCACCAGGCUCCUCUACAAGCCUGUGGAGAACGGAGAUUCUUGGUCCUCCAUCAUAGUUUAUAGUGACAAAGAGCCCAUCACACUGAUGAACCUGGAGCCUUCAACGCGCUACCGCGUCCGUGUCCAGCUAAGUCGUCCUGGGGAAGGUGGAGAGGGGGCCGAGGGGCCAGAGGCUAUCAUGGAGACUGAUUGUCCCGAGCCCACAGUUCAACCUGAGAUUGACAUCAGCUCGGUGGAAGGCCGCAAUGCCACUGUACGCUGGCGACUGCCCCCCAACAAUGGCAUUAAUGCCGGCACAGCCAGUGGCUUUUUAGUGCAGCUCUUCGGCCCACCGCCCUACAGUGAGAAACUACUGGAGGAGACCACCCUGCUCAAUGUGCUUUCCACAAAAUUCCACAAACUGGAGUACCAGCAAGACUACACCGUGGUGGUGAGCCUCAUCAACUGUGGCAGCCAGGGGCCACCCUCCAAACCCUACCAGUUCAGCAUCCACAGCCAGGGUCCAUCAUCUCCACGCAACGUCCAGGCCCAGCCUCUGUCCAUGUCAGCCAUCCAGGUGAGGUGGCAGCACCCUGAAGAUCCCAAUGGGGGCAUCAUUAAGUACGUCAUAGAGUACCAGCCAGUUGGCCAGGGGAACCCUCACUCUUGGGUGGACAUAGAUGAUAGAAACAAGACCACCAAAGAUGUGACAGCACUCAACGCCAGCACACUCUACCAGUUCAGAGUCAGGGCUGUCUCUAAAGUGCCAGGAGAGUGGAGCAAGUUUAUUCAGGCGAUGACACAAGGGGAUGGCCUUCAGAGUUUAACCCCGACCACCCAGGGUGUGGCUGGGAGGCCUGCUGGGGAUGGUUACCAACUGUUGGUGGCAGUGGUGGGCUCGGUAACUGUCACCUGUGUGACUAUCCUGCUGGCGCUGUUGGCUCUUUUCUUCAUCCGCAAGACGCUGCUCAACCGUCGGCGCACGUUCACCUACCAGUCCGGUUCGGGUGAGGAGACUAUUCUGCAGUUUAACUCAGGAACACUGACCCUGACACGGAGGCCGAAACCAACGCCAGAGCCCCUCACCUAUCCAAUUCUUGAGUGGGAGGACAUAAAGUUUGAAGAUGUCAUUGGAGAGGGCAACUUUGGCCAGGUCAUCAAAGCCAUGAUCAAGAAGGAUGGCAAUAAAAUGAGCGCAGCCAUCAAGAUGCUGAAAGAGUUUGCCUCAGAGAAUGACCACCGAGACUUUGCAGGCGAGCUGGAGGUGUUGUGUAAACUAGGCCAGCAUCCCAACAUCAUCAACCUGAUAGGAGCCUGUGAGAACAGAGGUUACCUGUACAUAGCCAUCGAAUACGCUCCCUAUGGUAACCUUCUCGACUUUCUGAGGAAGAGUCGGGUGUUGGAGACCGAUCCUGCCUUUGCCAAGGAGCAUGGCACUGCUUCCACCCUAACCUCCCAGCAGCUGCUGCAGUUCGCUGUAGACGUGGCAACAGGGAUGCACUACUUAAGUGACAAACAGUUCAUCCACAGGGAUUUGGCAGCCAGGAAUGUCCUUGUAGGGGACAAUCUUGUGGCGAAGAUAGCAGACUUUGGCCUUUCCCGUGGUGAGGAAGUUUACGUUAAGAAGACAAUGGGGAGGCUGCCUGUACGCUGGAUGGCCAUUGAGUCUCUGAACUACAGCGUGUAUACGACCAAGAGUGAUGUGUGGUCUUUCGGUGUUCUCCUCUGGGAAAUUGUAAGCUUAGGUGGCACACCAUAUUGUGGCAUGACAUGCGCUGAACUUUAUGAAAAACUGCCACAAGGCUUCAGGAUGGAGAAACCCAAAAAUUGUGAUGAUGAGGUGUAUGAGCUGAUGAAGCAGUGCUGGAGGGACCGGCCCUACGAGAGACCCCCCUUCUCCCAAAUCUCUGUCCAGCUCAACAGGAUGCAGGAGGCCAGGAAGGCUUAUGUGAACAUGGCUCUUUUUGAGAACUUCACCUAUGCUGGGAUAGACGCCACAGCCGAGGAGGCCUGACUACCAGCCCCCCCAGGCCCUAGCAUGCCACGUAGCACCAAGAGAAAGUCCCGAGGAUGGUCGCCGCGUUACUGCCACCUCCCUGCAGCUCAACGUCAGGACAGGAGGACCAGGCGCUCUACCAAAGCCACGCAGCUAUAGAUGGAGGACUGUGAAAGGACACUGUGUGGAGGUAUCAGAGGCAAUAGGAGAUGAGGAGUAUCGCUGGGCUUUGGACGGAGUGAUGCCGUUGUUACUAAUCUUUUGGGAAAUACUUACCCCCUGUCACUACAAACCAGUACCAGAAAAAGACACAACAUUGUACCUUUUGCCAUUACAAGAGUUACAAUGUUGUACCCUUUUUUUCUGAGUGUUGAGGGGAAGCGGCAAAAAAUGCGCUAUGUGACUUGCUGAAACACCACAGGGUCUGUGGGGUGUCAACGCUGGACUUUUUUAUUUUCUCUCUGUCUCUAAAUGGAGAUGGAAAUCUUUUCGUGAAGAUGAAAUUAACAGGACACAGUGUGGAUCACAAACAUUCAAUUCUCAGACUGUUAAGAAAGGACGAAAGACGCAUACAAUGUAGCACUUAAAACCAGCCUCAUUCAUCCAUCUGUGUCUUUUACUGUUUGCCUAUCACUGCCACGUGAAUGUAACUACUGUAUGUAUUGUAUUGUCUCUUGGGAUGCAUAGAUGUAUCAAAGCCUCUUAGUCGAAUGUAGUCAGUAAGAGACUGAUAUAAAUGAAACCAUGGUUGAUGCUUUAUGUGUUGCAUUCAAAACUCCACCACAAUAGUAGUUGUUUGGAAAAUGCUACUAAUAUAGGGCCAAUGCACAGCCAGUCUACCAGCUAUCACUGUUCUAGUUUACCUUUAACACUAUGCAAUCUAACACAAUGUAAUAUAUCCAUCGUAUGCGAAUGUACAGUGUGUUUUCAUUAACUGGUUCCUUGAAUAAAGGUUUUGCGUGGUGACUGGACUCAUCACCACAAGUAAAAAAAAAAA